GAAGAUGAGCAUAGGGAGUGAGAUUGGAGUGAACUCAAGUAGUAGUUCAGUCAAUAAAAGGAAAGGAAAAGGAUUGUUUUUGCCUCCUCCUCCUCCUCCUCCUCCUCAUACCAUUGCUCAGCACCCUCUUGAUCCUAAGAAGCUGAAAAGGCUGAUGAACAACAGGGAAUCAAGCCUGCUUAUGCGUAUGAGGAAGGAGCAGAACUUGAUGGAUAUGGUUCGGUGUGUUCAAGCUUAUAAGGAUCAAGUGAAUACUCUACCAAUUGGGAUUGAGAACACUGGAAGUGAGAAUAAACUUUUGAGAAAAGAAAAUAAUGAUCUUAGGACUAAGAUGUUCACUCUCAGUAACUACCGUGACUCCAAGGGAGUUGAAGAAAUCAUGCUGAGGCAAGAGGUAGAAGAACUGAACCAAUUUUAUCACAGUCAGAUAGAUGAGUUUAUGAAGCAGGAGCAGCAAUUUCAUGAGCAGCAGAAUAUAUAACAUAUAUACAAGUUCC